GUCGUUAAUGCUAAUUUAGUUUUUAACAGAGCGAUUGAACCCCAAGUACCGCCCCAAGGCCGGAGAGAUUCGCCAUGGACUCGUCUGCUAGCGUAGCGCAGAGCUUCCCCAAGUUCAUGUGCCUUCCCUUGGAGCUCCGUUGGAAGGUGUGGUCUUACUGCCUCCCACACCGCGUCAUUUCAAUCCAUUACUGGAGGGACGAGAGAAGUCCUUGGAUGAACAAGAUACUGAGACCGAACCCCCAUGCACCAGUGAUCUCUAAGGUCUGCUGGGAGUCGUAUGCUUAUUAUAUGAAGCAUGCAUCUAGGGAAAGAGUCAUGGGUACAAAAGUUUCGGUGUGGGUGAAUAGGAAGGUAGACUCCCUAUACAUCAACACAGAGACCCCUUUAAAGCGGUGCCGUAAGGAGACUACGGGAUUGAAGGCAUGAGUCGGCGACCCUACUAUCAUAUUGAGCAUAGACGGCGACCUAUUCAUGAAGAAUUACUUGGAUGCGUUUCACACCAACUUCUAUAAAUCUCAAUGGGCUCUCGAGCAUGCUGUUAAGCGGACGAAUUGUCGCAUGGUCCUGGCGGAAUUCACCUUACACAUUGCGCACAAAGAAGCUUUAGAUUUAGGCCUCUUUGGGUUAUUCGCCGAGCAAACCACCAUUCACAUCGACG